AUGAUUUUACAUCAUGAAAAACGUGCACAUGCUUAUAAAGUUUGUUGUGAAAAACUGGAAACAGAUGAUCUCAUUGCUGAAUAUUUAAUUAAUUUUAACCAUGAUCUUAGUAAAAUCGAAAAACUCUUACGCAGUUGCCUUCAUAAACAAAGUUUACCUGAUUUAACAAAUGAUACACUAUAUGGUGGAGAUUGUCAAAGAGCUUAUAAUGAAUCAGAUGGAAGAUUACAAGCUCAAUUAAAUAAUCGAACGGUAAUAUUCAAUCAGAUUUAUCGAAUGAAACAUAUAUAUUUUAUUAAAGGAUUCAAUUAUGAUUAA